AUGAAAACACAUAUUGAGUCUAUUUUAGAAGAAUUGCCUUUCAAACUGAGACACAAAUUGAUGCAAUUCCAGAAGGAAGGUAUUGAGUAUGCUGUCAACAAUAAUGGAAGGGUACUUCUUGCAGAUGAGAUGGGACUUGGAAAAACUAUUCAAGCUAUUUCAAUAGCUUAUUACUAUAAAGAGGACUGGCCAUUGUUAAUUAUUGUACCCUCCUCGUUACGGUAUUGUUGGAUAGAAGAAAUAGAAAAGUGGCUUCCUGACAUCCAUCCACAUGAUAUCAACCUCAUUAUGAUGGGAAAUGAUGCCAAGAAUAUAUCUACUGCUAAAAUCAGUAUAGUUACAUAUGGUUUAUUGAGCAAGUCUACAAGUCAUAUAGUAAAAGAAGCUUUAACAAAUCAGAAAUUCCAAGUUAUAAUUUGUGAUGAGUCUCAUUAUAUCAAGAAUAAUAAAACAGCUAGUAGUAAGGCUGUAGUACCAUUGGUUCAGGCUGCUGAAAGAAGAAUAUUACUGUCAGGAACUCCAGCAUUAGCUAAACCUGUAGAGUUAUUCCCUCAGUUGGAUGCCUUAUGUCCUAAGGCUUUUGGAUCCUGGUGGGAUUUUACUGCAAGAUAUUGUGAUGCUAAAUUAGAAUGGUUUGGUCGCAUGAAGCGACGAAAAGUAGAUGGAGCUAGUAAUUUAGAAGAACUACAGACCAAAUUAGUUAAAAUGGUGAUGAUAAGAAGAGAAAAGAAAGAUGUACUCACUCAGUUACCACCAAAACAGAGACAGAAAGUUUUAUUUGAACUCAAAGAUUCUGAAUUAAAAAAGGUGGGCAUAACUUUAGUAGAUCAAGGGCAGAUAACUUCUGAUGAUAAACAAGAUACAACAACAUUAGGCUUGAUAUCAAAAUUAUUACAACUCACUGGGGAAGCAAAGGUUGGUCCUGUAAAGGAUUAUAUCAACAUGUUAAUAGAAAAUGAGAAUUUAAAGUUUCUAGUAUUUGCCUAUCACCAUGUUAUGAUGAAUGGUAUACAACAGUUAUUAUAUGAGAAGAAAGUGAAGUUUAUUAGAAUUGAUGGUACCGUCCCUCCAGCUGAUAGACAAAUGUAUGUAACCCAGUUUCAAUCAGAUCCUAGUAUUAAAGUAGCUAUAUUAAGUAUCCUGGCUGCUGGUGUGGGAUUAACUCUAACAGCAGCUAAGUUGGUGGUAUUUGCAGAGAUGUAUUGGACACCCGGUGUAAUGGUACAAUGUGAAGACCGAGCACAUCGUAUUGGUCAGACUAGCUGUGUACCAGUUCAUUAUUUAGUAGCUAAAGGUACUAUGGAUGAGUGGGUAUGGUCAGCUGUUUGUAAAAAGACAGUGGUAACCUCGACAACAUUAUCAGGUAAAAAACAGGAAUUAGAGGCAGAGUCUGGUGAUAAAUAUCAGGUAGAAUUAUUAUCCAAUGCUGAGGUGAAUUAUGCUGUAGAAGAUGAAAAUUCAGAUAUGGAUUUAUCCAAUUAUUUUCAAUCACAAAGGCCGAAUGACCAGAAAUCUAUAUUAGAUUUUUUAACUCCACCUACAUCAAGAAAUAAAUCAGCAGUUGAUACAGGAAAACGUAAACGUAACAAUUCAGAAGAAAUCAAUUUGUCAAGCAGUAAAAAACCUAAAACAGUCAAUCAAGAUAUAGUUAUAUUAGACAGUGAUAGUGAGAAUGAAGAUUUCCUUGAUAGUCCAUUUAUCUCCUCUCAUUCACAUUCUAGUCCUAGUAAUAAAAGUGAUCAAAAUGGGAGCAUGAAAUUGGUUAAGGAAGCCAUGACAGCCCCACACCAGAAAAAUCACUGGAGUUGCAUGGCUUGUACAUAUUUAAACCAUCAACAAUUACCAUAUUGUGAAAUGUGUGAUACUAAAACUCCAGUAACACCAGUGGAUUCUAAUAAUAGAUCUGGAUGUAGUUCCAGAAAACCAUUAUUCAAACAAAGGAGAAGCUCAAUUGAAUACCAAACUUCUGGAGAUGGUGAAAAUAUCUCUCAAAGUGUCAACUCCCACCACUUAUCACCAGCAAUGACAGAAAGCCAGGAGAACAAGACAAGUCCUAUUGUAAAUAAUAAAGUGUUAAAUAUCAGUAUACCAGAAACUGUAUAUAAAAUAUUUCUAUAUUGUGGUAGUAGAUAUACUGGUAGAAUCUAUAUCUUUGAUGAGAAUGAAGAGGCUUUAAAUAUAAAUUUUGUACCACUGGAUAUAGAAUUAAAUAAUAUAGAUGAUUUACCUGACUUAUUGAAAUAUCGACCACAUCUUAGACUCAUACAGAAUUUUGUUAGAGAAUGGAAUUUAUUAACUGAAACGAAGAGAAGAUUGUUAAUAAAUCGAGGUGUAUUGUUUAUAAAUCCAGUAGCAGCAUAUCAACAAAUCAGUAGUAAACAAACCUCAUCUACUCAACGUCAUAAAACUAAGGAAGAUAUCAGUCAAGCAGCAGCUAAAUUAGCUACUUCUAUCAAUGGCACAGUGAGACAGAUUAGUAAAAAACCAACAGAAGAAAGCAAUAAAACAAAUGAUGACAGUUAUGGAAUAGCUCAGGUAAUAAACCCCACUUUCAGUAAAUCAGCUAUCCCAUGCAAAAGUAAACAAGCUCACUUUAAAGCUUCAGUUGUAAAUAAUGAAGGUGUACCAUUAUGUUUAAACUGUAGUCAGCCCUAUAGUAAUAGUUUAUUAACAACACAAACAAUAACAUCUAAUAAUAACGCCUGGCAAACCAGAUUCUGUUCCUUAAAUUGUGCCGAUUCCCAUUGGACUAAAACAGACAGUGGAUAUUGUCGUGAUAAAAUCUAUCAAAUAGAACAUGGUGUUUGUCAGAUCUGUCAAUUUGAUGCUCAUUCAUUUUAUAAACAAAUCAAAGAUACUGUUGAUAUGAAAGUGAGAGUCAAGUUAAUUAGUGAGAGUAAAUUUUCUAAAUUAAAAUCUAAAGUAAAAGAAGUGAUGGCUAGGAAACCAGUUGAAGGUCAGUUUUGGCAUGUAGACCAUAUUAAACCAGUAUUUGAGGGUGGUGGAAUGUGUGAUAUAGAUAAUAUGAGAACAUUGUGUGUUAUAUGUCACCAGAAAGUCACAUCACAACAAGCUUCUAAACGAGCUCAAGUUAGAAAAUUAGCUGGUGCAGCUGGUUCUGGUGAUAUUACUGCUUUCUUUCAAAAGAUUUAA